GUAACAGGAUUUCGCUAUUUCGGUAUCACCAUUAAGUGGUGUCGUCAUUGGUAUCAUGCACCAUUACUAUUGUUGUCGCUUCAGGAAUUUCGUCGCUUUCAGUGCUAUGUCUUUAUUUCGUCGCUUUCGGUAUCACGUCUUUCUUUUGGUGUGGAAUUUAGUCAUUUCGGUGGAAUUUCGUCACUUUUGGUAUCAAGUUUUUCUUUUG